GAACAUCUAACUUAAUAAGGCCCAACAGAUCAACUUUGAUUCGAGUGCAAAGGCAAACAGCAGCAUCAAGAUCAACAAGACCAUCAAUGAGGCUGCAGCAUUUGGCCUUUUCUUUUUCACCAACAAAGAUUUUCAACAAAUUCAGCACAUUUGCGCAUGCUUGCAACUUCGAGGUAUCUCUAGGGCAAGUGCCUUUUGGUAGUGAUGGAGGUGGUGGUGGUGGUGAAUUGUCAAUUGGUGGUGGUGGUGGGGACUUGGCCAUUGGUGGUGGCGACUUGGCCAUUGGUGGUGGCGGUGACUUGACAAUUGGUGGUGGUGGUGACAUGACCAUUGGUGGCGGUGGUGACUUGACAAUUGGUGGUGGUGGUGACAUGACCAUUGGUGGCGGUGGUGGUGGUGGCUUGACCUUGGGUGGUGGAGGCUUGACCUUGGGUGGUGGUGGAGGUGGCUUGACCUUGGGUGGUGGUGGUGGUGGCUUGACCUUGGGUGGUGGAGGUGGCUUGACCUUGGGUCGUGGAGGUGGUGGCUUGACCUUGGGUGGUGGUGGAGGUGGCUUGACCUUGGGUGGUGGUGGUGGUGGCUUGACCUUGGGUGGUGGUGGAGGAGGUGGCUUGACCUUGGGUGGUGGAGGUGGCUUGACCUUGGGUGGUGGAGGCUUGACCUUUGGUGGUGGUGGAGGUGGCUUGACCUUGGGUGGUGGUGGUGGUGGCUUGACCUUGGGUGGUGGAGGUGACUUGACCUUGGGUGGUGGAGGCUUGACCUUGGGUGGUGGUGGAGGUGGCUUGACCUUGGGUGGUGGUGGUGGUGGCUUGACCUUGGGUGGUGGAGGUGACUUGACCUUGGGUGGUGAUGGUGGGCAAUACUCAGCGGAGCUCAGCAAAGCCAAAAAUAAGAUGUAGAGGGAGAGGAGAAGGGCAUUGGAGGCUAGUGCUCCUGAAGCCAUAUAUCUAAAACUGUAGAAUGUUUUAGAGAUACUAUAAGGACCGUGAUCGAGGUU